AUGGUGGUGAUAACACCGCCGCGCACCAACUCUCGCCACCAGCUGCACGUGAACAUGCCUGCUGCCUGGACAUCUUUCCGACCUCCUUCACAGCAGUCCAUCUUUACCCCGCCUGCCUCCAUCUCUAAGACGCGUUCGUCGUCAUCGCCGCUUCCUCCGUUUCCAGAGGACAGGUUCAUCGCGCAUGGCUCCAUCGAUGGCCGUGCGUUGGAUGCAGCGCACGACGGCGCGGAAGUGAUGCUGACCACGAUCGAGAAACCACUCCACGAGACGACACGGCGUCGACUGGAAUGCCUGGGCGGCAUCAGCCAUCCCCAUGUACAAGCUACCGUCGGUCUCUUUGACAACAUCUCGUCCGUGUGCUUGGUGCAAUCCGCCACGUCGAGCGACCAUCCAUUGCUUCAAGAAGUCAUGUACAUGCACGGGUACACCGAAGCCCAGCUUCGAGUGCGAGCCCUGGCGUUGCUCAAAGCUCUGCAUGUCCUCCACACGAACUCGAUCGUCCACGGCAACCUAACGCUAGACAGUCUCCAUAUGCGUCCCCACAAUCAUCUUGUGCUGCAUGUACCUGGCCAGCUCGAUCCAUGGUACCCCCAAUCCUUUCCCGCGACCGCCAAAGAUAAAUCCCUCGACAUGUUUAGCUUUGGGGUGGUGCUGUACCUACUGGCCAGUGGCCGCCAUCCGUUUGCAUCGUCCGCUGCUGCUUCGACCUCUGAGAUCUUGUACAACAUGGACACUUUGUCCUUCGUAGUUGACAGACUUCCACUGGGCCACCUCUCGUCCAGCGCCCAGCACGUGAUCCUCGACUGCCUCGACACAUCGUCACAAUAUGUGACACCGUUGGACCUGCUGCAGCGCCAAUGGUUCAAAGCAUCAAUAUCAUGGGCCGCCAUCGCACCCUCGUCGUCAUCCCCCCCCGUUAGCAUGAUGCUGCCGAGGACAAGUGCAAUGUCAUCGACUGCAGAGAAAGAAACGUACACGACAAUGCACCACAUAGUACCAACUUCCAGUGCGAGGUGGACCAUAUCCCCCGUCGCCAGAAAUUUCACACAUUCCAACUGUCCUCCCACCACCACCACCACCCAUCCGUCCUUGUCCUAUGCCGCGUUUGGCCAGUACGAGUCGCCCCCGCCAAUGUCCUUGUACUCAUCCUUUCCAUACACCCCGCCUUCGUCCGGACGUCCUCCACCCGCCUCUUCCUUGGGCCGCGACUUGGCUCGAUCCAUGCUCGCAUGUCCGUCGCCAGCGAUCACAUCGCUCCUUCCGACUCGGCAUCCUCACGAGCAACACGCGUCGACAGACACUCCUAGUACUACUAAUACUACUACUACUACGAACGGAACAUCCCCGGUAUUGCCACGUCACGAACCAACCCACGUGUAUCGGCACAUUCCGUCCGUGUCCACGUUGCACUCGACACACGCUGUGAAAUUCAGCGCGUACGGCCCCCCAGUAUGGACACCAUACAAGAAGAGUGAAUGUGCCAAGAGUGAAUGCCGAAUCUACAUUUGGGCGUAUUUGGCGCACCAAGUACACGACAUGCGGGAGCUGGCGGCGCUCCAAGUUGAAAGCGGGCGGCUGUCCAAGGGACUCCACGUCGGCUUUGGCGCGACGAUCACCAUCAUGCUCGAGCCCCCCGCGGGGUGGAGCCAACUGGGUGAACUCACCAAGUCCUUGAUUUGGAUCGAAGAGGUGGAUCGGGUAUUUUUUGACUUGACGUUGGACGAGGGUACAUCUGCGACAGAGGCGACUGGUUUGUGUCGCGCGCGUAUUGUAGUGGGGACGCAAGUGGCGAUUUUGCACUUUAGUCUGCCCCGUGUCACAUAUUCGUCCUCAUUCCACCCCUCCAAACUCUACGAACAUGACAAAGCCGUCGAGUACGCCAGCUCCAUGCAAGUUGUGGCCGCCGUCCAGCCGCCGUCCAUCCCUCGCCACCACUUGACGUUUAUUGAACCCGUCGGCUCGGGCUUCUUUGGUACAGCGUACAAGGCCAUGUAUCACCCAACCAACCAGGAGGUCGUGGUCAAGUCGUUACGGCAAGGCAUGGGCAUCUCCCGCGCCGAGUUUGACCACGAAGUCCUGGCCAUGACGAUGCUGAGUCAUCAUCCGCAUGUCGUCGACUUCCUCGGCGCAUGCGACGACGCGUCGGAGCUGUCGAUUGUGAUGGAAUAUGUCGCGAAUGGCAGUUUGCAAUCUCUGCUGUACGACUCUGCAAAGCCACAACCUCGAUAUUACUACUCGACGUAUAUGAAAACCCUGUUUGCCCGAGAUGCAGCCCACGGGAUUUUAAAUAUCCACCAAGGUCACUUUGUGCAUCGAGACAUUGCGGCUCGGAAUUGCCUCGUGGAUGACACGUUCCACGUUAAAGUGUGCGACUUUGGGCUGUCGCGACCCAUGGAUCGCAUGAUGGGCCAUGUAUUGGAUCCAGUAUCGUGUGGUCCGUUGAAGUGGAUGGCACCCGAGAGUUUGGAGCUGCCGCAUGUGUUUUCCACGGCGAGCGAUACGUACAUGUUUGGCGUGUUGUUGUUUGAAAUUAUGAUGGGCAAGGAGCCGUUCCCGCUGCUGCCACCUCACGAAGCCGCGGCGUUGGUACUGGAAGGGCACCGGCUGUCGUUUCACGAGUGGCGUGAGUGCCCUGCAGCCCACCAGACGUUAUUAGAGCAGUGCUUUCGCGUUGAUCCGGUCGAAAGGCCGUGUAUGGGCCAAGUCGCGUCGGUUCUAGACACGUGGUUAGCUACACAAGGAUGAGUGACGCUGUGGUGAUCGGAUUCGGUUGUGUUAAAACAAGCGAAUAUAAUGGUAUAGUUAGUGUCGA